AUGGGUGAUGACAACAGUUCAUCUGUGACAGAAUUCAUCUUCCUGGGCCUCUCACAGGACCCACAGACCCAAGCCCUGCUCUUCUUCCUCUUUCUCCUCAUCUACCUGCUCACUGUGCUGGGAAAUCUGCUGAUCAUCAUACUCAUCCACUCAGACCCCAGACUCCACACUCCCAUGUACUUCUUCCUAAGGAACCUGUCCUUUGCCGAUCUCUGCUUUUCUACCACCACAGUUCCCCAGGUGCUUGUCCACUUUCUGGUGAAGAAAAAGACCAUUUCUUUUGCUGGAUGCACAACACAGAUUGUUGUGUUACUUCUGGUUGGAUGUACAGAGUGUGCACUCCUGGCAGUGAUGUCCUAUGACCGAUACGUUGCUGUCUGUAAGCCUCUGCACUACUCCACCAUCAUGACACACUGGGUAUGUGUCCAGCUGGCUGCAGGGUCCUGGGCCAGUGGUGCAUUUGUGUCCCUGAUAGAUGCCACAUUCACCCUGCGUCUCCCUUACCGAGGAAGCAAUGUCAUUAACCACUUUUUCUGUGAACCUCCUGCCCUCCUGAAGCUGGCUUCAGCAGACACCUACAGCACAGAAAUGUCCAUCUUUGCAAUGGGUGUGAUAAUCCUCCUAGCUCCUGUCUCCCUCAUCCUCAUCUCCUACUGGAACAUCGUCUCCACUGUGAUCCAGAUGCAGUCUGGGGAGGGGAGGCUAAAGGUCUUCUCCACCUGUGGUUCCCAUCUGCUUGUUGUUGUCCUCUUCUAUGGCUCAGCAAUAUUUGCCUACAUGAGACCAAACUCCAAGAUAAUGAAUGAAAAGGAUAAAAUGAUUUCAGUGUUCUAUUCAGCGGUGACCCCCAUGCUUAAUCCUAUCAUUUACAGCUUGAGGAACAAGGAUGUUAAAGGGGCUCUCAGAAGAAUAACUGCAAAAUAG